UCCAACGCCCGAGACCGUUCGGGAACGCACGGCGGCCGUACGCGGGGAGCCCAGGAUGGCCGCCCUAACGAACCGGAUGUUUUGGGGUUCAGUCACAACCGCCUCGUCACCAGGAUAUAGCCACUGUAACGCAGUGUCAACGAUGGUGACAGUUCAUCCCCCGAGAACUUCCCUGUGUUCACAGCGACAUCACGCGUGCUUGGGUGGACGUUACAUCGGAUGACGUUUUUAUGACCAUAUACCAAAGCAGGGGAUCUGCUUGCCACGACUUGCCUUUUCUCCCAGAGGUUCAGGAGUGCGUCUCGUUCUUAGCACACCGCGACCGAUUUCUCCCGGAUGUUGCCUUGCCUUACUCAAUAAUGACACAUCGCUCUUUUUUUUAAACUUUUAUUUAUGUUGUUAAUUUAUGAGACAAGGUCUUACUCUAGCCCCUGGCUGGCUUGGAGUUCGGUAUGCAGACCAGGCUAGCCUCGAACUCAAAGAUCCAUCUGCUCCAGCAUCCUGAGCGUUGGGUUUAAAGUCAUGGGUCACUGGCCAUCUCUGGCUCACAUCUUUUUAAAACAGAGAUCAGGACCUAGGCCCAGCACUUAGCCUUUCAUUUUAAAAAAAAUUAUUGCACACUGAUUUAUUUCACUUAACAUUUACUUGGGUAGAUAUGUUUUGUUUUUUUUUGUAUUUUUGUUUUCCCUAAGAGUCACUCCUGAAUUCAGGCUUUUCCCUUACUUUUCAUAAAAAAACAAUGUAUUUACCUAUAACAAUUGAUUAUUCUUUGCAAGCAGAUUUUGUUUUGUUUUGUUUUUGAGACAGGGUUUCUCUUACGUAACCCUGGCUGUCCUGGAACUCCCUCUAUAGACCAGGCUGGCCUCAAACUCUGCCUCCAAGUGCUGGAAUUAAAGGCUCCCUGUGUAGUAUAGGCAGGCUUGGAGCUUGCUCCCCAGCGCAAGCUGGUGUCUAGCUUUGGAACCUCUUGCUCCUGCCUCUGAAGUGCUAGGUUUAAAAACAAUGGAUGAUUUGCUUCGCUGUGGAAUUUGCUUUGAGUAUUUCAACAUUGCAGUGAUAAUACCCCAGUGCUCUCACAACUAUUGUUCUCUCUGUAUAAGAAAAUUUUUGUCCUAUAAAACACAGUGUCCAACUUGUUGUGUGAGGAGGCAAGAGUUUCAUGACAACUGGGCUCACCAAGCUUCCCUGGACUCUUACCACCCUCCCAGACCAGCCCAUCAGAACAAAUAUCAGCAAGUGUGCUGUCUGUCCCUGAAGCUUUUUCUUGAGACAGUAACAGAACCAGACCUGAGAAAUAACCGUCUUUUAGAUGAACUGGUAAAAAGCAUGAAUUUUGCACGGACUCGCCUGUUGCAGUUUGCUUUAGAGUCACCACCCAUAUCUCCUGUGUCUUCCACCUCAAAGAAAGUUGCUGUUAAAGUACAUAAUACUGAGACCAUCAAACAUCCUGUCAAACAGGGGAACAGGCUGAUGGACAAGUUUCUGCUUAGAGAAACUGGUGAGUGUGUAGCAGACUUGUUGGGAAAAGAGAACGACAGGAAAUUCAGCCCUCACAAAGAGAUAAGCACCUCUGCUGAGAUUAAAGAGACAAGUCUGGUCGGAAAGGCGGUACUUGGUCCCUCGGAUGCUAACGGUCCUGUGACACCUUCUACAUCUACCAUGAAGCUGGAUACUAAAGUGUCUUGUCCUGUUUGUGGGGUCAGCAUUCCAGAAAAUCACAUCAAUAAGCAUUUAGACAGUUGCUUGUCACGUGAAGAGAAGAAGGAGAGCCUCAGAAGUUCUGCUCACAAAAGGAAGCCGCUGCCCAAAACUGUGUAUAACUUGCUCUCUGACCGUGAUUUAAAGAAAAAGAUGAAACAACAUGGAUUAUCUGUUCAAGGAAGCAAACAACAGCUUAUUAAAAGACACCAAGAAUUUGUACACAUGUACAAUGCCCAGUGUGAUGCUUUGCAUCCUAAAUCAGCUGCUGAAAUAGUCCAAGAAGUUGAAAACAUGGAGAAGACCAGGAUGCGCCUUGAAGCCAGUAAACUCAAUGAAAAUGUCAUGGUUUUUACAAAGGACCAAACAGAGAAGGAAAUAGAUGAAAUUCACAGUAAAUAUCGUAAGAAGCAUCAGAAUGCAUUUCAGCUUCUGGUGGAUCAGGCCAAAAAAGGAUACAAGAAAACUGGCAGAAUGUCAAAAGCUACAGUAAUGAGAAAAGAUGUACCUGCAGAGAAGCUUUCGUCUGCAGUCACGGGUUUGUAUUUCCUGUUAGGACAAGAAGAUAAUAUGAACUUCUCGGAUACGGUCUCAGUUACAAACCACUCUCCUCAGUCAGCACCGGACUCCCCAGGGCAGUCAGAGCCCGAGAGACGUGAGGAUUCUUCUAGUUGUACUGAUAUUCUUCUCUCCUCAGAAUCCGAUUCAUGCAAUAGCUCUCCAGUGCUCCUGUUUGGAUCAGGACAGACCUCACAGUGUGGCAUUGCUGACACAUGUCCUUUUAGUUCCAGUUCUGACAUCAUAAGAGAUCUUCUGGAGGAAGAAGAAGCCUGGGAAGCAUCUCACAGGAGCACUAUUGUUGGGAGCAUCCCAAACUGUGCUGCUUGUAUGGAAGCUAGAAAUGAUCAGAACAGAGAAAUAAACCUGCAACAGAAUCACCGCACUAGAGCUACUGAGAGUUCUGAGACUGAACCAAGAAACAAGCGGAAUAGGAAUUAGUAUGAGCUUUUGCUAGCUUUUCCAUACAGUGACCAGAAUAUGGUAUUUUUUAUUCCCACAUGUGGUUUCAUACUUAGCAGUGCCCAGGGAAGUUGUUUAAUUUUAAUGUAAUAGUUAAUUUAUUUUCAUUCUUCUUUGCCUUUUCAGAAAAAACAACAACAGAAAGAAAAGUUGUGAAAUGACCCUUGACCCUUCUUGGUCAGUUGCUUCCUUCCUUUAAGAUGUUUCUCCCCUGAAAACACAUUCACCAGCUUUACACAGCUCACACAUUCCUUAGUAUGGGUGUUUGCCUUGGUUUGGAUUCUCUAUUUCAGAAUGUUUUUAAGUCAUUUUUCACUUUUUUCCAUUGAGGGAAACCAACCCCAGCAACAGCUUCUUUUCGUCGUAACAAGUGGGAAAGAGUGUACAUGUUUUGUUCUAAUCCACCCUCUUUGUAUAAGUGCCCGAUGCCCGGCCACCAGCAGAUACUGGUUAGUACUUAAGAUGAAUGUAUUUGUUUGUUAGACACACCUGUGUUUUACAUAUAGAGUAGGUUUAUGAUGUAAAGUUACAGAGUUAGUUUUAUUAUUUUUGAAAAGUCAGGAAAGUUAGUAUUGUAAUUUAAGUAACAAUCACAAUAACUCCAAAGCAUAUGUAUGUUUUUCUGAAAUGGCACUUAAAAAUUAUUACUGUUAGUAUUUUUCCACUGGGGUCAGGCAGAUCUCUAACACUUUGAAUCCCAGCUGUUAAACAAACAAACAAAAAAUGAAAUAAAUGGAUUUUAUCAAUGAAUACACCACAAGUUGUAAUUUCCUUGAAAUAGUGUCUUGUGAGUAUUUGAAUAAAGACUAUAAAUCUUUA